AUGUUAAAGAAGGCUUUUGUACAUGGAGACUUGGAGGAAGAGGUCUACGUGGAUUUACCACCAAGAUGUAAUAUAGCUCAUAACAAGAAAAAUAAAGUAUGCAAGCUCAGGAAAUCAUUAUAUAGGUUAAAGCAGUCUCCCAGGGCAGGGUUUGGUAGAUUUACUAAGUUCGUGAAGAAUUUUGGGUACACUCAAAGGGAACAACAGAAGCUACAAAAGUAUUUGUCUCGGGAAUUUGAGAUGAAGGAUUUAGGUGCUCUAAAAUACUUCCUCGGAAUUGAAGUAGCAUGGUCAAAAACUAGUAUAUUUCUGUCUCAAAGGAAGUAUGUGAUGGAUCUACUCACUGAAAUAGGAAUGCUUGGAUGUAAGCCUGUUGACACAUCUAUUGAGAUGAAUCACAAACUGUGUGAAGAUAUGGACCGUGUGCCUACCAAUAAGGAACAAUACCAGCCCUUGUUGGAAGUUGAUAUAAUUUUAAGAUACUUAAAGUCAGCUCCUGGAAAGGGACUAAUGUUCUCCAAGAAUGGAAAUCUUGAAGUUGUUGGAUAUACAGAUGUUAACUGGGCUGGUUGCAUUACAGAUAGAUGCUCUACAUUAGGUUACUUAAUAUUCAUUGGAGGUAACCUUGUCACUUGGCAGAGUAAAAAAUAA